GACUGGUUACUGGUUCGCCGCGUGGUGGUGUUGACCGCGUCGUGGCUCAGCGAGAGCGCAGUGAACGGCGGCGAGUGCUCGCGUCGCCGCGUACCUCGCCGUUCGAGAUACGCCGCCGAACGACGUUCCUGCGACGUGCUAAUUGACCGCGCAAGGGUGUCGUACGGCAAUAAAAAAAAAGAGGGUGCGCGUAGGAAGAUCGCGUCGCAGCCCCGCCGUUGGCGGGCGGCCUCUGGCGAUUCGAGAAACGAUCGCGUCCUCCGCGCAUCUCGAUCGCGAGCGCGCUCGGGUCGCCGUACGCAGCGACCACCUUGCCUCUCCGCGGAUGCGCGUGCCUCGCGGGAGGGUUCGGGAUCGUCCGUGCCUCUCGUUGGCGACGCGGGCGGCCGCCCGCGAGUCGUUCGAGGGGAGGCAGCGCCGUCGAGGUGCCCCGUGAUCGCGAGGAGUCUCGACGCUCGGGCAUCCGUGCGAGGACUCCUCGAGCGAUGACGUCGCGAUAUCGCUUCUGACCUUCCGAGGUGUCUCGAAGGAUCCUCGUACUCCCCGGGUACUUCGCUCGAACGUGGACGGGGGAGCGAGGAGCGGCGGGUCCUGUCGCGACGCGAUCUUACGCGCGGAUCGUCCCGGAGGCGUCGAAGAUGUGACCGUGCUGUUGCACCUGGACGUACGCUACGAGCAUGCACACCGGAAAAAUGAUACGCGCGACGAUCGCGGCCCUCGUCCUGGUCUCCGUUUCUAUAUCUGCCUUCGAGCACGACGCUGUGGAUCAAUGCGAUUGGUUCGGAAGCGGAGACGGAGGCGAUGGCAGUGUUCGGUCAGUGUACCUGCGCUGUAGCAGAGGAAUGGUACAAUGGCGCUAUCCCCGUGGCGCUUUGAGGAUACUUCUCUCCCUGCCGAGCAAUUCUGUCUUUGGCAACCGUGACUUUCGUACCUGCCUCAAGAUCUCCGGACCCGUGCGAGUGUUCCUCGAGUCCAAUGGAAAGCUAAUGCGCCUGUACUCGCCGUUCGACGGCAAGCACGAGCUCUCGCACCGAUGUUUCCGCUCGCGGAAGCACGUAACCGCUCUCUUCAUGGAAGCAGAAGACAAUAAUUCCUUCAAGAACAUUCAGGUCAAGCUGCAGUACAACCUGGAGCCGACCUCGUUGAAGGGCGGCGUGCUGCAUAUCCCGGACGAGGAGGAGGAGUGUAGACCCUGCACCACGGAGGAACUGGCCAAGGCUUACUGCGAGAGCGACCUGGUCGCCAGAGGCACCCUCACUGCCGUCCAGCAGCAAUACGUCGACACGGAAGCUGCCGAAUUGACGUUCAGAAUCACCAGAGUGCUGCGCCAAGUCGCGCAGGAGACCGAGGGUAACGAGACCGUCGACGUAGCGACGUUGAAGAGCGUGCGUGUGAGGGUGCCGGCGGUGUGCGAUGCGCGACACGGCCGCGGCGAGUUUGCAAUAAUGGCCAAACGACGUUUCGAAGACUUCGUUCUGGUAUGCGCGCCUAGACUGGAGGAAUGGGCGCAGGCUGUCCGGGAGAUGAGCAGUGCGCCAUGCGUCCUCAACAGCUAGCCAAUGUGACGCAACGUCGAGAUGCCGUAGGCAUCUGUACAUCGCGCGCGCACAGCAGGUAUUGCAGGUAUUGCACACACGCACGCGCAAAUUCAUCGGAUACCUUCUGCAAAAAAUUCGCAUUAUCAUGGUAACAAUAUCGCGUCGAAGAAACUGCCGAUCUAGCCGCUCGUACAAGGAUGUAGUGUAUAUAGGAAGCAUCAUUCUUCAUGUAUAUAUCGCGCACUGUCGAUCUCCAAACUGUGAUAUUAUCGUUGCAUUAAGAGGAACGCGAAAGAGCGUGCGCGACGGGGGCGGAAAGCACGCUUACUCCAAUACUUGCUCUAACGAUCAGAAAUUGUUAUACAGCGGUUUCGAACAACGCACACUUUGUGACAAAUAUCUCCUUCGACGCAGCUUUCUUUCUCAGAGUUUCUUCGUUUCAUCCGGUAUGGCGUAAUAACUGCACUCAAACUGCAUAUCAAAAUGUCAUUAAAACUCAAUUCAAAUAUUAACAUUUAAUUACGUUUCAUUAGCGAAAAACGCGACAUUGCGUCAAACUGUGUCAUAUUCGUUAAUAAUUUAUCAUCAUCAUUCAAUAUUAUUGUUUCUUAAGAAUGAUCUAACAAUGCGUUAAAUGAAUACCGCAUGGGAGAAGCGACACUAAUCGAUUUUAUUUAUUAUUACGAUUUCAAUGUGACGCUUCACCAAUUUGUGCGCCAUAAAUUAAUUAAAAUAAAGUUAAUUUUUAAAGCUAAUUCUAUGUAAUUUACAGCAACUAACGUUGGUCUCGUCGAUAAAGCGUUAUUUAAUUUGCAACUUUGAAAGUAUCGACGUGAGAGCAAGUAUUUCUUUCUUAGUAUGUAGAGUUUAUCAGUAGAGUUAUCUUAAGCGUCAAGAAAAAGUGCGCAAUGUGAUUACGACAUCCUAUGUACAUCGCAACUUUAUCGUAGAUGAGUAGACUCAGAAAAAGCCGACUCGGAAGAAGUCGACCGCAGAAUCGAAUAUAUUUUGUUUACAUUGAUUACAAGUUUUAUAACAGUUGUACAGAUUUAAUAAACACGUUUUAUAUCAAAAUUCCGAUAUCAUCGGGAUAACUGUUCUUGUCAGUAUAAAAACAUGUGCGUAAAUAAAGAAAUUAUAUCUGGAAAUAAACAGAAA